UUGCAAAACAGCAUGCCUUCUGGACGUCAGGCUGUAGUUUUGCCCCAGGAGGUGUGGCAAAAGAUCACACGCCACUUGACGAUUCGCGAGUGGGCAUCAGCAUGCGGAACUUGCAAGGCCAUGUUUCACCUACAGCUUGACAGUGUCAAUUUCGGCAGUGAUGUCUGCAGCAAAGGAAUUGAAUGGGUCUCCAGGAGGUGGAGCAUAGCGCGUGCAAUGAGCUGCACGAAAAUGCGCAGCAGUAAUAUGAGGGUGCUGGCGAAUAUAGUUUACAACGGGGGCAGCGUGCCUGGGCAAGUCGAGGACAUGAUCAUUCACAUGGAUGAUAUGGAGCAGGAGGAAGAAGGCGAGGAGAAUGCACCCCUCGUUUGGUUGGCAUGGGUGUUUGCGCAGAUGCACAAAUUGCGCUACCUGGAUUUGGGCGUCCGUACGUUCUUCUGAUUACCGCCUCUUCUAAAUCUCCAGCAUCUGAGCGUGAGCUACACUCACGGCGUGAAGUCCAGCUUGGGGGUGGAGCUGCCGUUGCUGACCAAUCUGCAGACCCUGCUCCUCUACGCAGUGUUCCCCGGAUCCGAGAGCAACAUGGACACAAUAGAUCUGCGCUUGCUGGUGAACCUCAACAGCGUCUGCCUGCGUGACGUCUCUUGCAAGAAACUGCACCUGCCAGAACUCUGCAGCGUCCACCUGGAUUGGGUCAGGGAUGGUGAGAUGCCAAGCAGCGAGUUGCUGGGUGCGCUGGCGAGGGUGCACACAAUGGAAUGGG